UGGCUUCUGUCUCAAUUCAGUUUAAUCCAAUCAACUCACCUCACUCUGUCCUAUGCUUACCUAUAAGUAUGUUUUUUGGGGUGAAAAACAGCUGCUUCUUCCUGCUGAUGUUGGAAUACGGAAUAUAGCAACAGCACUUCCUUUCACUCAUCAUGUGUCCAUGGCUCUCAAGGUCAAAACUGCUGAAACCAAGGUUGUUCUGGUGAACUUGUUGAUAUGCGUGGUAGUUUUCUACACUGUGUACUAUGUGGUCCUAUCUGUGUGCUUCGCAGUAUUCAAGAUUAAAAUGUUGGAUGGUUUGGGACCUUUUGAUUUUAAGACAAGUCCCUCAUGGAUUAACCCAUAUUAUUUAGUUCUUGUGAUAUCUUUGGAAAUAACUUUCUUCAUUUGUGGUCUGCUGUUUGCCUUGGUUGUGGAAGAAUGGGUUUGGGAUUAUGCUGUAACAGUUACUAUUAUUCAUAUCACCAUAACUUCAGUCGUUAUGUCUGAAUUCCCCCUGAUGUUACACUGGUGGCUGGCAUUAGUCAUAUAUUUUCUUUCAGGAUCUGGAGUAAUUUCAAUGACUUGUGGAGGACAGAUUCUGGCAUACUGCUUGUUCAAAGACAACUUCAUUUACCCGAUUCUAGACGAUUUUUGAAAAGGAAAAUUAGAACUUGCCUUUAUAUUAUAUGAAUUCUAUAGUUUCAGUAACAACAUAAUUAAAAUGAAGUUAGCAACUGUCUAAUUGUAAGGCUAAUAUUUAGCUUAUUUGUAUCUUACAUUUGUUUGCAAUGUCAAUGUCAUCACUUUUAGCUGUUGUAUUUACAUUUUCCAUUAUGCAAAUAAUUAGAUACACUGUCUCUUUUUUAAAAACAAGUAAACCAUAAGGAGCAUGAGAGCAAUGAUGCAACACUCUUGCAAAAUCCUACCAGGAAAAGGAAAAAACAGGUUUGAAUUUCAUGUUUUCAGGGUACUUGUUAUCUAUUGUAUUUUAUGAAAUGCUGACUCUAAUUUAGGCUGGAGUCUGACCUCUCACAAGCGCUGUAAAACUUUAAAGUCACCCUAUCUGGCAUAAAUCACUGUAGGUUUAAAACAGUAUUUACUGGCAACCCCCUGGCAAAGAAGAAUCUGUGAACAGCACAUAGCUCUACAUCUCUUCCCAUCUUAAAGCUCUCACCCAGAAACUGCCCAAGACAACAGCAGGCAGGUGUAAAAUCCCCAACGUUUGGUUGACCCCCUUGCUUCCAGGGAUGCUACAGGCAAAUGUUUUCUACAGUAGCUUCAGGCUAUUCUCUCUUUCGCUAAUGAUCCAUUUAUGGUCUGGCUGUGCUGGAACAGGAAAGGCAAAUGCUAUCGCAGCCACUUUUUUACAUAUCCUUCUCUCUCCCCCAGCUGCAAGUGGCCAAUGGCAAAGUGUGAGUUUAUGGGUAGUGGUAAUUAAAAACAACAAACAAACCACA